CACAACGGAGUUCUGGUCGUAGUUAUGUCAGGGUACUGAAGUGACAUUUGUGAAAAAGAAGCCGUAUAAGUUCGAGUUGAGUAAACAUGAUAAAAGUACAAGAAUUGCAASUUUACCAAAGUCGGGCUGCGUCGGCUUCAUCACGGAGGACGUAGGAAAGAUCCGUGRGGUUCUAAUUGAAAAUAACAUGAACAGCAGUCAAGCAAUGGCAGAAACUCGCAGUGACAUCCAAAACUGCAGUUUUUGGACAAAGACGUUCGACCCAGAACCGGUCAAACAGGUUUAUUGGAGCUACAUAUUCACGUGCACCGUCUGUUCUCUCUUGUCAAUCCCAACAACGAUACUAAAUCUACUUGUUGUCGUAGCAAUCUACAAAACUAAAAGUCUUCACAAGCCGUACAACUUUUAUCUGUGCAGUCUGGCAGUUUCCGACUUUGUAAUUGGGUUCUUGGCAGAGCCGAUUUACGUAAGUCACGUGGUUUUAGAAAUGAAAGGUGACGUCACAUCGUAUUGCAUGACGGGAGCUAUAGGAUCACUUGUAUCUUAUACAACAGCUGGCGUGUCGUUGUUUACUCUGGCYGCGAUGAGUGUUGACCGCUUUCUUUCGAUCAACAGCCCAUUGGAAUAUCGAACUAUAGUGACGUCAUAUCGUGUUGGCAUGGUAACGYUGGUGCUAUGGACCGUUUGUGCAACAGGYUCRUCUUUGCGCAUGUGGCUAAGUAUAAAGAAAUUCUUCUUUGGUCUUKCUUUCGUCAUGAUCAUCUCUUUAAUMGUCAUUUUUGUUGCUAAUAUCAAGGCGUUUCGAUCGUUGAGGAUUCAGAGACAAAACCUUUUACAACGAAUGCAACUGCAUCAAGGUCACGAGGAAAUCAAAUUGGCGCGAUCUAAAAAGUUUCUUAUGACGAUGCUGUAUGUUCUUGGUCUUGUAAUUCUGUGUUAUGUGCCUUUUGGGUGCGUCACGGUUUUGACAGUAAUGGUAGGCAUGACAAGUACCACGCGUGCCGCGUGGAAYAUUGCCGACCCUAUCGGCUACAUGAACUCAUCAUUAAACCCAAUUUUAUACUGUCUACGCAUUCCUGAUAUUGCCAAUGCUGUUAAAACUAUUAUUAAGUCGCUACCCCAGCAAUUUGAUAGCAAACGUAGUUCUAAAGCUACACGUGUCACACCAGYGAAUUCUAAUAAUUUUGCUGACGUGCGUGACAGUCGACGGAAAUGCUGCAACCAACUACCGACAAUUCCUGAGGAACCUGCGAUAUCGGACGACAAAGACACCAAUAAUUGUACMGGAAUCACGACAAGUCUGUAGAUUGAUGGGUUUUUCAUCAUUCAGAGUGAAAAAUGCACACGCGCACGCCAUCAGUGUGAUUAAUCAGGCAAUCUAAAUGUCUGUGCGCUCUAGCUUGCUUGCUGUUCGCGUUGAGGAGAUCAUUGAAGCCGCCGCGGACGAGGAACUCCCUCGGAGCGGCUAGAAACUCCUGGUAACGCAAGCUAGAGGACUAGAAUUUUCCUCUACGACCCUCUAUUAGCAGGGUACUGAC